UUGGCCCGCGUGCCGCCGGUGCCCCGCGCUUCGCCCCGCGCCUCAGACACCUUCCCGGGGGGGCCGAUGCGGCUCCCGCUCGCCGACGCCUGCCAAGAUGGCGGCUCCCGAGGAGGGGGACGCCGAGGCGCCGCCGCCCCCUCCUGCUGCUGACGACGAACCCCCCAGAGGGGCGGCCGCCGCCGCCUACGGGGUUCCCCUCAGCGUGGCGGCCGCGGGCAGGGCCGCCCGGCCGGCGAGGGAGGAGGGCGGAGGUGCGUCGAGGCCCUUCGGCCCCCCGCCCCCCGCGGAGGACCCGGAGCUGCCGGCGGUGACGGAGGCGCUGGCGCGGAGCGCGGCCGGCACCGUGGUGUACUUGCAGGCGGACGGGAGGCUGGUGGCGGGCGCGCGGCUGAGCGCCGAGGAGCAGCGGCGGCUGCUGGAGCAGCUGCGCGCCGCCGCCGACGCGCCGGAGCCGCCGCCCCCGCCGCCCGGGCACGCCGCCACGCCGCUGGACUCGGCGGAGCUGCGGCGGGUCAUCGAGCAAGUGAGCAAGGCCCAGGAGCAACGGGAACCGCCGCCCGCGGCCGCGCCGCUGGAGCCCUGCCCGCGGCCGCCGCCCUCCCGCGGCGGGGGCUGCCCGCCGCCCCGGGACGCUGGCCCGCCGCCGCCGCAGGCCUGCGCCGCCGGGCCGCCGCUCGCCAGCAUCAUGCAGAACGCCGCCCAGCAGCUACAGAGCGUGGCCCAGCAGGUCGCCCUGCAGCAGGGCAAAUCCAUGGCGGCCGCACGGCUCCUCCCGCAGAAGCAGCUGGAAGCCAUUUGUGUCCAAGUUCAGCCAGGACAGAUGAAGGAAACGGAAAGGCCAGUGCCAUCAUUGGCACCAGUCCAGUCCAAAACUAUAACGCUGAGUCAGUCGGCUGGUAGAAAUUCCAGCAUACCGGGACUUGGUGUUAUUAAUCCCCAGAUAAUUAGGAUACAGCCUGUUACAGCAACUCAGCAGCAGCUAUUCCUGCAUAGUUCUUCCGAGUCUCCAGUUCAGCUGCUUAUGCAGAGACCUUUACCAUCUCAUGGAUCAGUGUCUGCCAACAAGGUUCCCACAUCCAAGAGGCUGAACGGACAGAAAGCUACACGUGCCUCAGCAUCAGCUGCAAAGGCUCCAAACGUUACCACAGUUGCAGCCAGUUCAGCAAAUACUCUGAUACCUGGCCUUGAAAAAACCCGAAAGGAUGACAAGUUAAAGAAGUCCUUGAAAGUGAAAACUCGCUCUGGACGGAUUUCACGCCCCCCGAAAUACAAAGCUAAAGAUUAUAAGUUCAUUAAAAUGGAGGAUUUGGCUGAUGGGCAUCAGUCUGAUUCUGAUGACUACUCGGAGCUGAGUAUAGAAGACGAUGAAGAAGGGAAGGUGAAGGGAAAGGAUGCGCUGUUUGGUUCUUCAAAUUACAAUCUGAAACCCAAAAUGUUUAAAUGUCAGACCUGUGAAAAGUCCUACAUAGGAAAAGGAGGGUUAGCAAGACACUAUAAACUUAACCCAGGCCAUGGACAGCUGGAGUCUUCACCUCCCAAAAUACCUUUAAAUAAGCCCAAUGGAAGUAUAUUUGUGGACAGUGACUGUGGAAUAAGAGAGGAAACGAUGAGUCCAUCGUGUCUGAAUUCAGUUGUUUUCACUGUAAUUAAUGAAAAUGCACUAGCUACAAAUGGGGAAGAAACUGUUGAUUCGAAGGCUGCAGAACAGACUUGUAAAUCUGCAGAAAGCAGAAGCAUAUUGGUAGAACAACAAGAUGAAACCAGUUCAGGACACCAGGGACCUAUAACACCAAAAGGACCUGGAAGACCCAGACGACCAAAGAGCUGUGGUCGCCCAAGGAUGCGUGGAAGAUCUAGGUGUUCUGGGAGGCGAAGCAGACCUGGUCAGUCCCCUUCAAAGUCCCUUAGUAGUGUGUCAGCAGAGCACAAUGUAUUCAGAAGAAAAGCUAGGUUAAAAGAGCUAAUACAACAGUGCGAUAACGAAGACUUAAUGGAGCUGGCUCUCCCACGUCUUACAAAGCUUGUUACAGUGUAUGAAUUUCUCUUGAUGAAGGUUGAAAAAGGGUAUCCAGCCAAAGCCUACUUCCCAGAUGUUUACAGGGAAUUCGAAGACUUGCACAAUAUGGUCAAGAAAAUGGCUUAUGAUCACCUCAGCAAUUCUGAUGUGCUGAGCUGCCAGCAGCCUGUUGAAAUAAAAGAUGCUAAGGUUGCUGAAUCACUAGGAAUUGCAGAAAUACUGACUGGAGAGCGAAAGACACAAGGUUUAGACUCUUGUUCACAGUACACAACUAAAAUGGUCAGUGAGCAAGUGCCCGUGGAGAUACUGGGACAGAAACGGUUAGCUGAGAGCUCAGGGGAGGAGCUGUUGCCAUCACUCAAAAGGACCAAGUUAGAAGACAUAAUGGAGAAUGUGAACGAUGCUUGUGCCAGUCAGGAUGGAGUGGAAGAAAAGAGUGGGAAUCUGUGUACGCUGUUGGAAAAAGAUGGUUUUAAUCCAUUAAAUGGAGAACUCCUGCUUUCAGAAGGUAGGCAAAUCACUUGCUGCACAACUGGAAGUACGUUACUGGCAGCAGAGGAACACAAUCCACUCGCUGGUUCAGGAGUUAGAAUCAAUGCUGAAAAUUCAGGUACCUUCUCCCAGAGUGUGAAAAUGAGGAUAGAGUAUCCUCAGUCUGUGAGCAUACAGGGACCAGAUAUGGUGGGUGACACACCUCUGCUACAUAGUGAAGUCGUGUUGCCUGUUGAAGCAGAUAGCUCACCUGAAUUAGUUGAAGCACACUUUGUGAGUGAGAACACAGCAAGUGCACUGUCAGCUCCUGAGCUCUGCAGCUCUGUGCCAGAGAAUGCAGCAGGCAAGCAGAGCACUGCCUUGGCAACGAGUGACGAAAAUGGUCACAAUCAAAAAUACGAGGAGCUGCAAGAAGGAAACGGUGGCUUUGCAAUGAAAGGACAUUCAGAACAGCUUCCUAAUGCUGAGAUGACUGAUGAGAUGCAGGAGCUCGAAAAGGUUUUUUCAACAAGCAUUGUGCCAAUAAACUACCACCCCAGUGUUCAGGCUGGGUCACAGCAGGCCCCAGUCCAGGCCUCCCUGCCCGCUCCUGCCAACCACCACGACUCUCUCAAAACCAUCGAUGAGUUUUCUUGUGGGACAGAGGAACAACAUGAGCUGGGGAAUACGGUCACCAUAGAUGAAACUGUAGCCUUUGAGAUUACCGAUGAGAGCCAUGAUUUUUUGUCUCAGGGACACGAACAGAUUUUUAUUCAGACUCCAGAUGGGCUUCUCCUGUCUCACCCAGACACGGCUGUGUUGUCUCAGGCAGAAGGCAUCGUCAUUGUAACCGAUUCCAAUGGUACUACGAUGCACAUCCGCACACCCGAGGGGAUCCCUUUGGAAACUGUGGAAGCACUACUGGCAAUGGAAGCAGAUGGCCAAAGUGAAGAUAUUUUGCUCUCACAAAGUGAAUUGGAGCCAUAAAUUAGAAAACCAUAUAUGCUUUCUUCUGGAAAAGACUGACUCUACCAAAUGUAUAUUUUUCUAAUGCAAAUACCUUAAUUGAAAUUUAACUUAUUUGUAAACUGUUUCUAUGCCCUGUACUUUUUAUAACUUAUGUUUAUAUAAAUCUAGCAGCAUUGCAACCAAAAAUUCUAGAAUUAACAGCGUUCUGUUUGCUUUCUAUGUUUAGGGGUGGGUGGAAAGUGGAAGUCUGUCAACCCUAAAACCGUUGCACUAUUCCCUUUUGUUACGUAACUCCUUUUCUCUCCAGCCAUCUGGAAAUGCAGUGGGUUGUACUGCUGUUCAGCAGUGAUGUGCUGUGUACUGGCAAGCUGUGUAUGGGUAAAAUAAAAAC